AUGGAUCUUCUCGACACAGUGGAAGAUUACCACAGUCGAGCCGCGAGCAUUCUGCCCAGCAAUGCCUACGAGUACAUCAGUGGGGCAGCGGGUCGCAGCCAGACACUGCAGCUAAACAGAACCAGCUACGAUCGGAUUCGCAUUCGCCCACGCGAGUUAGUAAAUGUCGAACGGCGCCAGCUGAGCAGCACACUGUUGGGUAUGAACUUCGACAUGCCAGUAGGGAUCUCCCCUACGGCGCUGCAUCGAUUGGCACACGCUGAUGGAGAACUAGCAACGGCUCGCGCUGCCGAGAAAAUGCGAAUUCCUUACGUGCUGAGUAUGUUCGUAUCCACUUCGAUCGAACAGGUGGCACAGGCUGCUCCCGCAGGAAUCAAAUGGAUGCAGCUGUACCUAUACAAGGAUCGACGAAUUUCGGAAGCUGUUGUGCGACGAGCAGAACAGGCGGGAUUCAAAGCAGUGGUUCUCACAAUCGAUAAUCCCGUCAAUGAGGACAAAAUUAUCGAGAGUGGCGAUUUGAAUUUUGCUGCUGAUUUUAAUGCUUCCACGACCUGGACGGAUGUAGAAUGGCUGAUCAGUAUCACCACGCUGCCGAUUAUCGUGAAAGGUGUGAUGACAAAGGAAGAUGCAUUGCGGGCAGUGAAGAUCGGAGUAAAUGCAAUAAUAGUGUCAAACCACGGAGGACGCCAACUGGAUUCAGUAUCCGCUACUAUUGAAGUGCUGCCAGAUAUAGUUGCUGCUGUUCAAGGUAAAGUUCCCAUUAUAAUCGACGGAGGAGUCACAAAAGGAACUGAUAUUUUUAAGGCCCUUGCAAUGGGUGCAAAUAUGGUGUUCAUCGGCCGUGCCCCUCUUUGGGGGUUGACAGUGAAUGGACAGGCAGGGGUAGAAGAAAUUUUACGCCUGCUGCAGCGUGAAUUGGACAACACGAUGGCACUCGCGGGUUGUCGCACAGUCGAAGAAAUUACCAAGGAUCAAGUGCUGCACGAAGCCCAGUACUGUCUGACGUCGCUGGUCACGUUCGGGCAGAAGUGA